AGCUUCUCUUGCCGCCAUCGUGGAAAACGAAAUUUGGACGAUGUGACGCACUUAUUGCACUCUGAAGCAGCGCAGCCUCCUCCUGCCUAAUAGAGUACUUAAACUGACACCUGUAUAGACAGACGCUUCGUCCGCCCUUGCGCGUGCAACUAUGGCGACGGUCCCGCUUCAUGCCUGUGCCCCAUGACAAAACCCCGGACCACGGUUGCCGCGCUCCACGAAAUGACGAAAGGGAAAAAAAGGAGGCCAACGCUGCAGAACAUUCUUCUGCCCCGACGUACUACACGCCGCCGAAAAUUGUCCUGCUCGGAGAUGUUGCUGCAGAACCGGUGGGGCAGAAGUUGCAUCUUUUCGCACAGAUCAGGGAGCGGAAGGUACGCUAGUGGAAACUCCAGGAGGGGGCGGACUGUGAAAAGGCUGCUUUUGCUCUGUGCUUCGUUCCUUACAACUGUCAUGCAUGUAAAAGAACUAUGGAAUUUCAGUUACAAGUACUGAGCGCAAAAAGAACCCUAGUGAAACAACGGGGCAAAAAUCACUAUCACACACAACCCCCCCUGCAACUUCUCCCACACUCUAUACCACUACGGAGCCGUGUACGAUGUGACGGACCGGAAAGCAAAAUGUUUGAUCGAGAUUCCCCGGUGUCUGGGCACGUUCCAGCCAGGCGAUGAGGUUCGCGUGUUUUGCGAAAAAACUUCCGAUUCCCUCCUAACCGCAACGAACGUCACGCGGGUAAGCGGCAUCGGCUAUUCCACGCUAGCACUGUGGCUCAACGCCAGCAGAGGGCGGGCGGAAGGUCCUUGAAGUUUCCGAAGGAGACGAAGAAGGAAAGAAUUCUGGGUUUUAAUACCGAUUGAAGCAUAGCACCACAGCUCCGCGAAGCUGCAACUCAGGAUUACUAGUCUUACUCGCUCGCAUGUUCCCUAAACCAGUGCACAAAAUUCCUCUUCAGAAGCUACUAGUUUAUGAUCCGGAAAACAUCA